UUCAAAAAGAUGGUUUCUAUGUCGAUGAGCAGUCGAUGCCAGAAAAUUUCUGCACUGUUUGCCUCGAAGAUUUUAUGGACAAUGAAACCCACCUCGGGACUCUCCACAAAUGUGGUUGUUCGAGGUUCUGCUUUGUCUGCGCAGCAAGGCUCGACCACUCGCAGCAAGCCUGUCCAAGGUGCAGAAUGGAAAUUAGCCACAUCAGUUCUCAGAUUUUUACCGUCGACCUGUUGCAGCCAAAUGCCAGGUACCCACAUCUGUUUUAGCAUCACGAUGUGUGGUUUCUUUGUUUUGUUGUGUGUUAAUCAUUUCUCCUGGAUACCGUUUAGAACGUUCGAUCUUUAA